ACCUCCAUCACAUCCCGGCACUUCCAACCACGCCGUCAAGAUGCAUCCCACACUCCGACGCAUGCAAGAGCAAGGUGGUACCAGCCGGUCAUUGCUGGGCAAGAACUUCCGGACGCCAAUCUUGAGACACAUGUGGCCUUUCUACUCUGCUGGCCUUAUUAUCGCAUACGGUGUUGCCAACAUGGCUGGUAUGCUUGCGAACUCCGACGAGUACCGGAACGAUCCCAGGAACCCAGCACUCAAGAGCCGUGCGCCAGAGAAGCAUUAAACGGCGAAGGUGGCUACUGGAGCAAAGUCCUGAGAAGCGGUGUACAGUAUGGCAUUGGGUGUGAGGAGCAUGUGCUCACCGCUACCCAUUCGCUGGUGGUGACUGGCGAGCAAUAUCCGGCUUGUACAUAUACUGUCAAACACGGCACGCAAAGGCGGCUAGUCUACUUGUGCAACGCUCUCAACAGCUCACUUUACAGACUGGGAGCGUGAUCCUACCUGGGAAAGAUCCGAAAGGAUGAAGUCGCUAGGCAGUGAGUGACUGCAAUCUCUGCUAACUCGAGGUUUCACUGUGGUGAGCCACAGUGGCCACUGGACAGGUCCGCCAAGCAAGAGAUCAGCUGUGGUUUGAACGCUCUGUUUUCCAUCAGCAUGAAUGUAAUCAACUAUUGCCUUGACUACUCUGGCGUAGCCUACGCCUGCAAGCAACAUGCUCCAGGUUGUAAACGAGACUUAUGGAUGCCCUUCAGUGUAGUCUCCAUAGCGAGGCUCCACGGCAGAUCUUGUCCGG